AUAUAUAAUACUUACGAAUUAUUUUAGAAUUUAAUACCUGGACUUCGUCCAAUUUUUAUUAAUACAAUUCUGUAUACCGCGUUCACUCAAAGCGGCUUGCCUCAAGGCACGAAUAUUUGAAAUGGUGUUAAAAUCUAGAUAAAAAAAAAUUGAAAGUUAUUAGUAGCCUGAAAAUGCCGGAAUAUACUAUUUCGUCUGAAAUAUAUGAAGAGUACAGCUAUCUAACGAAAAUUCCACCAACUAUUGAAGGAAAUGUUGUCUCAGAAUUUCCUUUCUUCCUGCCCAAGCGUGGCAAAAAGAAGUUUGACAGGGAUGGUGAUCUGGAUAUAAAUAAACAAAAGGAAGCUAUCAGAAUUGAGCACAGACCCAAAACCAGGAUAGCUCUAGUGGGUCUUCAAGUAUGGAGAGGGGCAUUCCUUUCUGGAGACCUCUUAAUCACCCUGGGUGAAGCGGGGAAGUUGAAAGACAAGACUGUUCUGGAGCUUGGUGCCGGUACUGGCUUAGCUAGCAUAGUAGCUUCAAUGUAUGCUAAGAAAGUUGUCUGUACAGAUCUCGAAACUGGUGGUAUACUAGACUUGAUAAAGUUGAAUGUGACGAAUAAUGAAAAGUUUGUUAAGUCAGAUUUUCAAGUUAUGGCCUUAGAUUUUAUGGACAGAAAUUGGAAUGAAUCAUUAAGUAAUGCCAUAAUAGAAACGGAUAUUAUCAUAGCAGCUGAUGUAAUAUACGACGAUGACGUCACAGAAGCGUUUAUUUACACAAUAGAGAAAAUUCUAAACUCAAAACCGCCAAAGACGUUGUACAUAAUUCUAGAGAAGAGAUAUGUCUUUACAGUAGAACACAGAGACUCCGUAGCGCCAUGCUAUGAGACAUUUAUAUCUUUACUGGACAAAGUUAAGCACUCAAACUGGUUGGUGCAGCAAAUGCCUAUAAACUUUGUAAAAUACUUCACAUACUACAGAGUGGAGGAGUUUGUUAUAUGGAAAAUAUCUUCUGUGGAAUAAAAUGUGAUUAU